GGUAAUCCUAAUUAUGGGCGGGCCUCACCUAUGAAGGGGCGGAAACACUCCGAUGAAACGAAGGCGAAGAUGUCGGCUGCUCUGAAGGGGGCAGGGAAUCCUAAUCAUGGGAAGAAGCUCUCUGAUGAAACUAAGGCAAAAUUGAGUGCCGCCCGACUAGGGGAAAAGAAUCCUCGCUUUAACACCGGAACACCGGUGUACCUCUACGUAGUUCACACCUACGGACUAGAGCUCACUUCUAGCCACUUUAAUACUCAGAGAAGAGACUGGUGUAUUCUGAAAUUUUAG